AUGUCCUCUUCAACUACUCUUCCUCCACCACCCAUUAAAUCCCCACACUUUUCUCUCUGGGCUUCUCCCCUAAGCCCUCUUGCAAACUUCCAAUCAUCCUCAUCAUUGCCGUCGUCUGCUGAUGUCGUCAUCAUUGGCUCAGGCUUCAGCGGCGCUUCUGUAGCUUACCAUUUACUCGUCGACCCCUCAUCUUCAACCUCUUCUUCUUAUUAUCACCAAAACCCAUCCUUGACCUCAUCCCCAAACAAAAAACCCCGCGUCGUUAUGCUCGAGGCCCGCCAAACAUGCUCUGGAGCCUCGGGCCGAAACGGCGGUCACUUGCAUCCAAGCUUCACCUAUGGUGCUGCUACUUGGGCCACUGAUGAUGAUGCAACGCGCAACCAGCACUUGGCCAAAAUUGCCUUUGACGCCAAAAACUACUCCACUCUGGCUGCUCUCAUUGCUCAAAACAACAUUGCUUCCGCUCAAAGUAUCUUUACAGAUGGACCAAACAAUUCUCCUUCUUCCUCGCUGGCCGCUGGAUGGGCUGUUUACGAUACUCCUCAGGAAUUUGCCCAAGCAUGUGCGGUGGUAUCUGCUUACAUCCAAGCUUCCCCAGAACCAGACCACCCACCAAUCCGCAUUUACUCCAGAGACGAGGCCCGCAAGCGCACAGGUUUGACCAACAUUGCAGGAGCUUUACAUUGUCCAGCAACUCCCUUAUGUGGGUAUUCACUUGUAAGCUGGCUUCUAAUGGAGUGCAUCACAAAGGGAAAUCUCCAGUUGCAUUCAAAUACUCCAGUACGUGCAGUCACUCGCGAAACCCCAGAAGCCGUUGGCAGAGAUAAGCCACUAGAGUAUGUUAUCAAAACAAGUCGUGGACCCAUUAAAACACCCGUCAUUAUAUUUGCAACAAAUGCCUAUACGGGAAAUCUUGUAAGCAAAAGUACCGUUUCACCCAAGGCAUAUCUUGAUUCCAUUAAACAGUCAGUGUCCCCAGAGGUUUUUGCGCGCGGGUCAUCUGCCAUUGUGAUACCUCCAUCCUCACAAGUUACCGUUAAGGACUACUUUUCCUCUGCUCGCAAUGUUCUCUCGUCUACCUCGUCAUCAAUGCAGGGUCCGGCAGCUAGCUUAAACAAUAACCCGAUGCAUAUUGACGUGGAAAUCGAAACAAGAUUACGCACAGAAAUAUACCCAGUUCGUGGACAAGUCGCCCACUAUCAGGCCCCGCACAUACUCACAUCCCAGCACCUGACAGCCGUGCGGCCCACCGGGGUGCCCAAACUUAGUUUGGUAUGGAACGACGAAUACCUUGCGGUUGUGCCUCAACGAUCAGGAGACGCCCAGGGCCAAGUCGACAUUGUGUUUGGUGGGUGCCGCCGGUUCGGUGCUUCAAAACAGGUGGGUCUUACAGAUGACAAUUCCCUUAGUAAUGUGGUGAGCUGGACUCUCGAUGACUACUUUGCCACACGUAUAGGUGUACCUCUUCAAUCUUCCGAAGACCCCGUUGAAGCUAUGGCUGGGUCGUUCACCCGAACGCUUGUUUUGGAUGACUCUAAGGAGGCUAAUGGUUCCGUUGCAACCACCACAGCUGUCAAGGUACAAGAAUGGACAGGCAUUAUGGGUUUUACACGAGACGAAAGACCGUGUGUAGGGUCAUUGAUUGAGGAUGAAGAAGAAGCACAGGCCGGACCCCGCGUGCUGGUCAUUGGAGGGUUUGGAGGCCAUGGUAUGCCGCGCAUUUUCUUGUCUGCAAAGGCACUUGUCCACAGAUACUUGAGAAAAGUUGAUGAUACCGAAGAAGCCAAUUCCUGGCCAUUGUGGUUUCCCUCAGAGUAUAUUAAUUAA